AUGAGAUUCAGUUCAAACAGGAGCAUCUACUAUAUUGGAGCUAUUCUGAUAAUCAAUCAGAUUGCAUCAUUGAGCUCGGAGGAGAUCAAGAGACAGAAUCAUGAUACAGUGUUAUCAAAGUACGAUCAAGCUCCGGAUGACGGCGGAGGAAGCGGAAGCAGAAUUCUGUCUAGAAAAAGACGUUUCCUAAAAUUUCCUGAAGGCAGCUCGUUUCAAGUUGUAUACGAUCAAACAAUUCCAAUUAUUGGAAACACCCGUUUGUUCACCGUUGGCAUUACGAUUGCUAUGGCUUGGCAGUUACCCAGUGUUUCCAUAUUUGAAAUCUCAAAAAUGCUACAAGAAAAAACGGCUCAAGGGAGUCUUCGACGGAAGGAUGGAGACAUCAAUGCCACCAUCCUGGUCGACACAAGCACCAGUAAAUACGACAAAAGUAAUAAACACGCAUACUAUUACGAUAACCCCUAUGACACGCAGCCGAGUGGCUACUACAAUAAUCUGCUGCAUCAGCCGUCGCCAGCACAGAUGGGCUAUUCUAACAGUAUAAAUUACUAUACGAGAGGUAAUUACAGCAAUUAUGUCCCUCAGGGACAGCAACAUGCCCAAAAACCAGGGUUUUCGUUUGAAAAUUUGCCCUCAAACUUUCUAUCACCAUAUAAUUGGACUAGAAACGAUUGGAGCAGUCUUUUUGCUAGGUACAUGCAAACGUGGGUCCGAAAUCACCCACCCAACUAUAACCAUAGUAAACGGCGAUUUUACCCGGUGUUUGGCAAACGUAGCAUCGACGAACACACUCAUCCCGAGGAUAAGUUCUUCCUGAACCAUCACCGUUCGACACGGCAUGAUUUGUAUCUGCAGAUUGAAAAAUUUCUGGAAGCAAAAGGAAAACACGGACAUCAUUGCGUGCUGCGAGCGUUGUGUGAAAGCGGACAACGGAAAAACCAUACUGAACCGGAACCGUUUUUGAAGGAGAUUUUGAAGGCAGUGUUUAGUAUGCCAACCACACAUGAAGCGAGCACCGUUCAUAAGCAUCGGAUGUACGACGAAGCACAUGGCCAUGUUGGGGACUGUGCGGAAAAGUUUUCAUUUUGUAAGGACAGCAUAUGGUCAGAUGAUUUUAUAUUCUGA